AUGUCCUUUCGAGAAGAAUUCGCCGACUGGUUUCAGCUGACCGCCCAAGCCUCAUUUGGCCACGCCCGACUGCGAGAAGAAGAGUCCCCGAUCGAUCGAGUCGAGCACCUUGCUGAGGAUGUCUUCAGCCUCGUGCGUCACGACAGCGUGGUUGUAUACCUUGUUGCCAGCGCGUUGGAGAUGGAGCUUCUAACGAAGGAACUCAACAAAAAGAAGCCAGAGUUUAUGGCAGCGGCGAAGAAUACCUUGGAGAUAUUCGACUAUGCGAUCUUUUAUGCCCUUCCGACAACCACUGCACGCCUGCGAGUGUUGACAUUGUCAGACUCGGACGAGGUCGAGCCGUCUCUAUGGCAGUGCUUGGCCCGUGUGCGUCGAUCGACAUCAAACUUCGACCAUGUCAAGCUUCUCCCACGCACCAAGCUUUCUUCCGCCGAGGACACAAACAGUCCUACCAUCACAUUUGAGCCCUGGCGCGAAGAUGAAGACUUCGUCGAGAUUGUUGCGCACUCUGUCGUGGACAAUGCCAUCCGCCACAAGUCGUCAGUCAUUGUGUGUAAUGUACUGCAGUACGCGCAACUUCGUGGCAAGAUCGAUGCCAUUAGGGAGGAUAACGCCCCCCCAUGUACUUCAAACUUGGAGGGUACAACUCAAAACAUUAUUCAGUGUUUCCAGCAAGUUCCUCGAUCUCACGAAAUGGUUGAUCAAAUGUAUAUCUUUUGCAUCGUUACUACAAAUCAAGUACCGGUGCAGUUGAAUCGUCUUGCCGGCGUCUUUAUUGGAAUCGAGGUCUAUCGUGCGAAUUGGGAGACAGGUCGUAUUGUAUACGACCGUGCGCCGCGAUCACAGCGCGAGGUUUUUCAGGCCAUGUCCUGCGUUUUCCACAGCUCGUUUCCCGAGGUGACAAUCAGGCACCCAGUCAUCGAGCACCUGCCUCUCAACCCGGCUCGCAAAUUAGGGAGCAGUGAACUCUGGGCCUUCAUCGCCAAUCUCGCACUGGCUUUACAGGGCGACCAAGUCAGGCUGGAGCGAAUCGCUGGCUGUUUUGUGGACGAGUCCCGAUUCUACAUCACAUUGCAGCAACUCGAUUCCAUGGGGUUUUUAAAAUAUCGGCAGGUUCGCAGCCACGACUUCCAAAUCUACUUUCCACGAGAGAGGGUAGUUUGGUGCGUUGAACGACUGCUUCCAUUGUUGGACUACGACUUCGAGGCCGCCUGGCUGCUCGCCCUCGGCCUAGGCGACGAACAAACAAGCCAGUCAGCUCAGCGCGCCAUAGCUUACAUUACGGCUAUUGCUACGACUGAGCGUGCUGGACAUGGUAUCGAUGCAGUAUUCAACAAGCCAGAUCUGCGCAAGGCUUUGGAUCAUGCUCUCACAAUGAUGCUGUCGGGCCAGAGCGACCCCCUCACGCCUGAAUUGCAGACCCUGUUCGGGACUACGGGUUCUUUCCCUGUGUAA